AGCCGCCCUCCGUCGCAGUUGCACGCGCCCGCGAGUGCACCAGUGCCCUCUCCAAAAACAUCCGACCUUCAAUCCGAAAGAACGAGACAACUAUAUACAGGUGGUGAAACGAAGCAUGUGAAGUAGUGCACUCGCACGCCGCUCAUGCGCUACGAGCAACGGACAUGGCUUCCCAGAGAUAGUGUCAGGUGGUGACUGUGGGAGCGCGUGUAGCGGCGGCAUGCGCGUGCUGGUUGCGGCGCUCGCAGCGCUGCUGGCGCGCGCGCUGGCCAGCCCCCACGAGCACCGCGCGAGGCACCACGCGCCCGAGCACGCGCCGCACUUCCCCGCCCCCGCGCCGCCCCAACCCUACCGCGGCCACGGCGAGGCCGUGCGGUACAACCCCGAGCUCGACACCAUCCUCCCGCGCCAGGACGACCACGAGACCUCGUCCAAGCGCGCCAAGUUCGACGACGAGUCCUCCUCCAAGCGAGCCAGCGAAGAACGCUUCUACUCCAACCAUGAGAGGAUCGAGGAACUCAUGGCGGACGAGCCCCAACUCGGCCCCGAAGCCGAUGACCUAAUAGUACGCACGAGAAAAGGACGAGUGAGAGGCAUCACUCUCACAGCAGCGACUGGAAAACAAGUAGACGCAUGGUUUGGCAUCCCUUACGCUCAAAAACCCCUCGGAGAUCUCAGAUUUAGACACCCGCGACCGGUAGAAAACUGGGGCGAUGAAAUCCUUAAUACGACGACACUGCCACACUCAUGCGUUCAAAUUGUAGAUACCGUGUUCGGUGACUUUCCUGGCGCAAUGAUGUGGAAUCCCAAUACGGAUAUGCAGGAGGACUGCUUGUACAUAAAUAUCGUUACACCAAAACCACGUCCCAAAAAUGCGGCAGUCAUGCUAUGGGUGUUUGGUGGUGGUUUCUAUUCUGGAACUGCUACAUUGGACGUAUAUGAUCCUAAAAUCCUUGUAUCUGAAGAAAAUAUUGUGUAUGUAUCGAUGCAGUAUAGAGUGGCUUCACUCGGCUUCCUAUUUUUCGAUACUGCAGACGUUCCCGGGAAUGCUGGAUUAUUUGACCAACUAAUGGCUUUACACUGGGUUAGAGACAAUAUUGGUUAUUUUGGUGGAAACCCUCAUAAUAUUACACUUUUCGGAGAAUCUGCUGGUGCUGUGUCCGUUUCUUUACACUUGUUAUCACCUCUUUCUAGAAAUUUAUUUUCCCAGGCUAUAAUGCAAUCUGGAGCUGCUACUGCUCCCUGGGCCAUCAUUUCGAGGGAGGAGAGUAUUCUGCGUGGCAUACGUUUGGCUGAAGCAGUUCACUGUCCGAAUUCUAGAUCAGAUAUGGGACCUAUGAUUGACUGCUUAAGAAAAAAGAGUGCCGACGAAUUAGUUAAUAACGAGUGGGGAACACUUGGCAUUUGUGAAUUUCCAUUUGUACCCAUCAUUGAUGGCUCAUUUUUGGAUGAAAUGCCCCGAAAAUCCUUAGUACAUCAAAACUUUAAAAAGACAAACAUUCUAAUGGGAUCAAACACAGAGGAAGGUUAUUACUUCAUCCUUUAUUAUCUCACUGAACUAUUUCCGAAAGAAGAAAAUGUUGGAAUAACUCGAGAGCAGUUUCUUCAGGCUGUAAGGGAGUUAAAUCCUUACGUGAAUGAUGUAGGCAGGCAAGCUAUUGUGUUUGAAUAUACGGACUGGCUUAAUACAGAAGAUCCAAUAAAAAAUAGAAAUGCUUUAGACAAAAUGGUUGGCGAUUACCACUUCACUUGCGGUGUCAAUGAAUUCGCACAUCGUUAUGCUGAAACUGGGAACAACGUUUACACUUAUUACUACAAACAUCGUAGUAAGAAUAAUCCUUGGCCAUCUUGGACUGGAGUGAUGCACGCGGAUGAAAUUAACUAUGUGUUUGGUGAGCCCCUUAAUCCAGGAAAGAAUUAUUCACCAGAAGAAGUCGAAUUCAGCAAACGUUUAAUGAGAUAUUGGGCCAAUUUUGCGAGAUCAGGGAAUCCAUCCCUAAACGCUAAUGGCGAAAUGACGAAGGUCCAUUGGCCUGUUCACACAGCAUUUGGGCGAGAAUAUCUCUCACUCGCUGUGAACUCGAGUGCGGUGGGACACGGCCUUCGUGUCAAGCAAUGCGCCUUCUGGCAGAAGUACCUGCCCCAACUAAUGAUGGCUACUAGUAAACCAGAGCCUCCAAAGAAUUGUACGAACUCUGCAACACCAUCAUAUCGACCGACGCAUGUUGCGGUCUAUUUGGGACUUACGCUUGUAGCAACUGCAAGGCUAGCCCCGUUAAAAUUAAAAAUAUGAAUGAUUCAUUUAGGGAUAAUGAUGAUAUUUAGCUUUUUGAUGUUGGUUUAUUCCGUUCGCUUUUCAAUGCUCCACUGAUGAGAUUAUAUUAUGUAGUGAUUGGUGGAGAGAUUAUUUGUGAUUAUUAUGGCCCACUGUUGGUACAUUUAAUUGUUAAUAUCGACGGCUUAGAGUGAAAACCUGUAAGUGUAAAAGAAGUAACUUUUCAGGAGGAAGAAAAAACUGCCUGCUGUA